AUGGCACCAGAGUCAUCAUGGCACCAGAGUCAUCAUGGCAAGAGUCAUCAUGGCACCAGAUUAUCAUGGCACCAGUCAUCAUGGCACCAGAGUCAUCAUAGCAAGUCAUCAUGGAACCAGAGUCAUCAUGGCACCAGAGUCAUCAUGGCACCAGAGUCAUCAUGGCACCAGAGUCAUCAUGGCACCAGAGUCAUCAUGGCACCAGAGUCUUCAUGGCACCAAGUCAUCAUGGCACCAGAGUCAUCAUGGCACCAGUCAUCAUGGCACCAGAGUCUUCAUGGAACCAGAGUCAUCAUGACCAAGUCAUCAUGGAACCAGAGUCUUCAUGGCACCAAGUCAUCAUGGCACCAGAGUCAUCAUGGCACCAGAGUCAUCAUGGCACCAGAGUCUUCAUGGAACCAGAGUCAUCAUGGCACCAGUCAUCUGGCACAGAGUCUUCAUGGCACCAGAGUCAUCAUGGCACCAAGUCAUCAUGGCACCAAGUCAUCAUGGCACCAAGUCUUCAUGGCACCAAGUCUUCAUGGCACCAGAGUCAUCAUGGCACCAGUCAUCAUGGCACCAGAGUCUUCAUGGAACCAGAGUCAUCAUGGCACCAGAGUCAUCAUGGAACCAGAGUCUUCAUGGCACCAGAGUCAUCAUGGCACCAGAGUCAUCAUAACAGAGUCAUCAUGGCACCAGAGUCAUCAUGGCACCAGAGUCAUCAUGGCACCAAGUCAUCAUGGCAACAGAGUCUUCAUGGCACCAAGUCAUCAUGGCACCAAGUCAUCAUGGAACCAGAGUCAUCAUGGCACCAGAGUCAUCAUGGCACCAGUUUCAUCAGCACCAGAUCAUCAUGGCACCAAGUCAUCAUUGCACCAAGUCAUCAUGGCACCAGUCAUCAUGGCACCAGAGUCAUCAUGGCACCAGAGUCUUCAUGGCACGAGUAUCAUGGCACCAGAUUCAUCAUGGCACCAGAGUCAUCAUUGGCACCAGAGUCAUCAUGGCACAGAGUCAUCAUGGCACCAGAUUCAUCAUGGCACCAGAGUCAUCAUGGCACCAGUCAUCAUUAUGUCUCCUGUGAGCUACUGUCCGUCUGCCUCUGAGUAUCUCGUUAUCUGGUGUCUCUUAACAUCAUCGAAACCAAUCACCGUGUCGUUUGUUUCGUCGUGA